GAAGGCGAGCGCGUCUGGAACUGUAGAAGAAGAAGAAUGGACUGUGAUCAAUUGAACUAUAGCUUACACCAUACCCUCAGCUAAUUCAUAUGUUAUUUCUAAAACUUAUUACAAGCUGGGAUUUCUCUGCAAGCUUCAAAGAGACAUUGCCAUCAAGUUGUUUACAUUUUAAUUCCUAAAAUCACAAGAAGUUGCUUAUUGCUGGCAGGGCAACUGAUAGUAGCUAAACAACAAAGAGACCAGAGGCGCACACUGCUGGCAGUGGUGCUAAAAGUAUUGUUUUAUUUAAUUAAGCAGACAGUAAAAUCAGCUUGAUAUGACGGGAAUGGCCUCAUCAGAGAAAGCUACAAGCUCCAAGAAGAAAAGCGAAAGAAAAUGUGCCACAAAAGAGGAGUACAGGCAGCUGUCCAGCAUCAUGGGAGUCAUGAACAACCUGAGAAAACAGGGUACACUCUGUGAUGUGACCCUUGUGGUUCAGGGGAAACACUUACCUGCCCACAGAAUAGUGUUGGCUGCGGCCAGCCACGUCUUCAGCCUGAUGUUCACCACCAGAAUGAUGGAGUCUAUGUCCCACGAGGUGGAGCUCAGGAGUGCUGAGCCUGAAAUUAUUGAAUUGUUGAUUGAAUUUAUUUACACUGCACGAAUCUCUGUGAACAGUAGUAAUGUUCAAUCACUGCUGGAUGCAGCCAACCAAUACCAGAUAGAGCCAGUGAAGAAGAUGUGUGUGGAAUUCCUUAAAGGACAGAUUGAUGCAACAAACUGUUUGGGUAUCUCAACCCUUGCAGACUGUAUGGACUGUCCAGAGCUGAAGGCAGCAGCUGAGGACUUUUUCCAGCUUCAUUUCACAGAAGUCUACAAACUGGAUGAAUUCCUACAACUGGAUGUUGCACAACUCACAUACCUGCUGCACCAGGACAAACUCACUGUUCGUGCUGAGGCUCAGAUUUAUGAUGCCGCAGUACGCUGGCUGAAGUACGAUGUGUGUAACAGAAACCAGUACAUGGUGGAAGUGCUGGGGUGUGUUCGCUUUCCUCUGGUGUCUAAAACUUUCCUCUCCAAGACUGUACAAGCUGAGCCCCUCAUCCAGGACAAUCCACAGUGCCUCAAAAUGGUCAUCAGUGGGAUGCGUUACCACCUGCUGUCGCUGGAGGACCGAGAAGACCUGGGAGAGAGCAGCCGGCCACGACGCAAGAAGCACGACUACCGCAUCGCUUUGUUUGGAGGUUCUCAGCCUCAGUCCUGCCGCUACUUCAACCCAAAGGACUCCACCUGGGCGGACAUUCGUUGUCCCUUUGAGAAGCGGCGGGAUGCUACUGCCGUCUUCUGGGAUAAUGUGGUCUACAUCUUGGGGGGCUCACAGCUCUUCCCCAUCAAGCGCAUGGACUGCUAUAAUGUGCUGAAGGACAGCUGGUACUCCAAGCUGGGUCCACCCACACCUCGCGACAGCCUGGCUGCCUGCGCGUCUCAGGGGAAGAUCUACACAUCUGGAGGGUCAGAAGUAGGCAGCUCGGCCUUGGACCUAUUUGAAUGUUACGACACGAGGACCGAGUCAUGGCUGGUCAAAACCAGCAUGCUGAUGGCCCGCUGCAGUCAUGGCUCAGUGGAGGCCAAUGGGCUCAUUUACGUUUGUGGAGGAACAGUGGGCAACAAUAUUUCUGGAAGGAUCCUCAACAACUGCGAGGUCUUUGACCCCAACACACAACAAUGGAGGGAGCUGUGUGGGAUGAAGGAGGCCAGGAAGAACCAUGGGCUGGUGGUUGUUAACAACCGGAUCUAUGCUGUUGGAGGACAGGGGCCACUAGGUGGACUUGAUUCAGUGGAAUAUUACGACAUUGCCAGUAAUGAGUGGCGUGCUGCUUCCCCAAUGCCAUGGAGGGGAGUGACAGUAAAGUGUGCUGCUGUCGGUGAUGUUAUCUAUGUGCUGGCAGGGUUCCAAGGGGUUGGGCGGCUCGGGCAUGUCCUGGAGUACCACACUGAAACUGACAGGUGGGUGACGUGCAGCAAAGUACGAGCAUUUCCUGUCUCCAGCUGCCUGAUCUGCGUGGUUGACACAUGCGGGGUCAACGAAGACGAAGACAUGGAACUCAUAGACUUCCAUCAACACACUGCACCCACCGCUUCUCCAUCUGCCUCAACCUCCUCAUCAUCCUCAUAGGAAAGGAGGCAGAUUCAGCAUAUUUAGAUAUUUGCUACAUUUUUUGUUGUGAUGUUUGUGUACAGUUGUUUUACCAUCACAUUAAUGCAAAUAAGGCAUAAUACUGUAUGUGUGAGUGGUAUGCCUUUGAAGGAUGUGUAAACAGUUUAUUUUCAACUAUAUGUUAUUACAAGUUUAAAAAAAAGUUUUGAAUGUAAUUAUUUGAAAAUACAUUUGAUUUACAUUUUCCAUUUAGGAUUACCAAUAAUUUCAAUAAGGCAAUAAAAUUAUGAGUUCAUAAAAUUCGUGUAAA